AUGUUAGCCACGUGGCAGAAUCAAAUCCAUGUGAGUGAGCCAUUAAAUUUAGUGGAAGGAUUCGCUGGAAGAAGCAGGUGUGGUAAGGUUGUUGAGUCUGCUUCGGUCUCUGAAGAAGAGAGCACAGUUGGGUCUACUUCUGCUGCCAAUGGCACUGAUGUGUUCCAUCUCACUUACUUGGAGGGGAAUAGUUGGUUAUGGGAGGUGGGUGGGGUUAAUAUUUUGGUUGACCCAAUCCUGGUGGGUAACUUGGAUUUUGGAAUUCCCUGGCUUUAUGAUGCUGCCAAAAAGGUCCUUAAGAAUUUCCAGCUUAGUGAUCUUCCUGAAGUGGAUUGCCUAUUGAUCACUCAAAGCCUAGAUGAUCAUUGCCACUUAAAGACCUUAAAGCCACUUUCUGAAUCAUCCCCAAAUCUCAGAGUCAUUGCAACUCCAAAUGCUAAGCCUUUGCUGGAUCCCCUUUUUAGUAAUGAAUACAGGAUGGUGGAUAGACAUCCAAUCUUGCCAGUGCACGUGUUCUCUCUCCUUCCUGACAUUGUUAUGAACAAGCUCUGCACUGAGUUACAUUUAAACCAGUUUGAAGCUUUGUCAUUGGACAUGCAAUGCUAUGAUUCAAAUAGGCUGUCUGUCAUGUAUCUAGAACCUGGUCAGAGUUCUGAAGUUGAAGCUAGAAAUGGUUCUAAAGUCAGAGUUAAAGCUACCGCAGGGCCAGUUUUAGGUCCUCCUUGGCAGCGCCCUGAGAAUGGAUACCUCAUCAAUUCUCCACAAGGUCAAUUAACACUCUACUAUGAGCCUCACUGUGUAUAUAACAAGGAUUUUCUUGAGAAGGAACAUGCCGAUAUUGUUAUCACACCGGUCAUAAAACAGCUUCUGCCUAAAUUGACUUUGGUUUCAGGACAAGAAGAUGCGGUUCAACUUGCAAAGUUGCUGCAGGCCAAGUUCAUUGUACCCAUGAAAAAUGGAGACCUCGAUAGCAAAGGGUUUCUUGCUUCUAUCAUUCAGGCAGAGGGAACAGUGCAAUCAUUCAAGAAAGUUGGUGCUCCUAGUGUAACCGGUGGUGACUUGAUUGAUAUCUUUGUGCCACAAGGUGCAAGCUCGUUGGACUUUCAGGGGCACUCCAGGCAUUUUUAUUUGGUCGAUAGUCAAUACGGUUUUCUUGUUUUGUCCUCAUACUACGAAAUGGAAAUGCAGUAUGCAGAGCUUUUAGCAAAGGAACUACCAGAUACCCAGGCACUUGAGCCUACCCCUGGUGUGCCGCUAGAAAUAUCAGCUCCUUGA